AUGUAUGAUUUCACUGAUUCACUGAUUUCGGUUGCAAGUUUAUCAGUAAUUUGUCUAUUAUUGAUUUUUACAAUUUCUUUGGUUAUUAUUCUUCCAAUUUACAGAAAAAUAUAUAAAAUUAAUCACGAAAGAGAUUGUGUGGUAAAUACGGAUUCCACUAAAUUUAGUUUUGAAAAUAUAGAACUUACAAUGUUUUUCUUCCAGGUUCCAGUUUAUCCAAUAACUAAUCAUUUUUAUAAAAGUAUUAUUUUUCUCGCGUUUUUCAUUUCUAUUGGAAUUCCAAUAUUGAUCAUUGGCUGUAUUUACGCGUAAUAUUUUUAAAUCAUAAGUAUUACUGUAGCAUCAUCUUCCAUUUUCAGAAAAGAAUAUUCAGUUACAGCACUUUUUAUGGUAUUAUAUAUUCUUGUCGCUUAUUUUAUCACAGUUAUUAUAACAACUGUUCAGAACUUUUUAAUUUUUGCAAUUAGUUUGCAAAGGUUUCUCAUAUAUUUUUAUCCAAAAUAUACUUCAAAUUUCAGUCCAACUAGGUUUAGUUGAAGAGCUAACAAUAAUUUUCAACACCAAAAAAUUUCAGCAAAAUUUUUUCAAAAUUAAUCAAAUGGUUUUAUUUUAUCAUUAUUGUUGAAAAUAUUUUCGUGCGUGGUUUCAAAGUUUCUUGUCUUCUCAAAACAAUCAACAACGAAACAAAUUUAACACUGAAUGAUGAUUAUAUUGAAUGUUCGGAAAUAUAUGAUUUAUAUUACAUGGUAAGAACCUAUUUUUGUGAAAAAAGUUUAAAAAAAUCAACUUCAGGGAAGUUAUAUAUUUUCUGAUGUUCUUGUUUUCAUUGCCUCAAUUUUAUAUUUAAUUAUGAUGAGACAUGUUAGAAAAAUUAGAAAACGAACAGAAGAUCAUAUCAAAACUCGUCCGGAAAGAUAUCUCCUCUAUCAAACUUUGCUAAUUUUUCUGACUCGAAUGUUUGCUUUUCCUCUAAUUGCUAUCGUAAUUAUGACUAAUUCGCUGACAGCUGAUGUGGUACUUUUUUUUCAAAGUUUUUCUGGAAAUAUUUUCCAAAACCUACAUAAUUUUUCAGCUUUUCUUCAUAUUUAUGUUGACAGAUAUUACAACAACACCAUUUAUAAUCCAAGUAUCAUAUUUGGUUUGUAACAAAGAUCAAACAAAAACUUUCGUUUGGACUGAAAUUCGAAAGUUUUCUUGGAUUUGUGAUUGUUUGAAAAUAUGUUCGCAGGAUAAUUCAGUUCCAGAUAUAAGAUUGGAUAAUAUUGAAAACGAGGAAAAUACAAAUAAUACUACUGUAGCCUGA